GCCCAGGAUCAGCCCCUCUCGGUCUCGUCGGGUCUCGGCCGCGCCGUCGCGCUCACCGCAGCAGCACCACGGUACCCAGGCCAGGAGAAGUCGCUUCCCUUCCUCAGAGAGAGCAGCGACGGCGGCGGAGGGAGGAGAGAUGGUGGGGUGGCUCAAGGCGCUGGCGUACGGUGCGGGGGGCGUGGCGGUGGCCGGCCUGGCGGCGCUGGUGGCGCUGCAGGAGCGCCUCGUCUACGUGCCCGUGCUCCCGGGCCUGGCGCGCGCGUACCCCAUCACGCCCGCGCGCCUCCGCCUCGCCUACGAGGACGUCUGGCUCCGCGCCGCCGACGGCGUGCGGCUCCAUUCCUGGUUCAUCCGCCACUCCCCGACCUGCCGAGGUCCAACCAUCCUGUUCUUCCAAGAAAAUGCUGGCAACAUUGCUCACCGUUUGGAAUUUGUUCGACUAAUGAUGCAGCGGCUACAGUGCAAUGUUUUUAUGCUUUCUUAUAGAGGGUAUGGUGAGAGUGAUGGUUAUCCUUCUCAGAAAGGGAUCACAUAUGAUGCACAGGCUGCACUUGAUCAUCUAGCUCAGAGGAAGGACAUUGACACAUCCAGGAUAGUUAUCUUUGGAAGAUCUUUAGGAGGUGCUGUGGGAGCAGUUCUUGCGAAAAAUAAUCCUGACAAGGUGGCUGCUCUGAUACUGGAAAACACAUUUACAUCUAUAUUGGAUAUGGCUGGUAUCAUGCUUCCCUUCUUAAGAUGGUUCAUAGGUGGAAGCUCAUCUAAAGGUCCAAAACUUCUGAACUGUGUCGUUCGCUCUCCAUGGAGUACACUUGAUAUUGUUGGAGAGGUCAAUCAACCCAUUCUUUUCCUUUCUGGAUUGCAAGAUGAACUUGUCCCCCCUUCACACAUGAAGAUGCUAUAUGAUAAAGCUGUCGAGCAUAACAGAACUUGCAGAUUUAUUGAUUUUCCUAGUGGCAUGCACAUGGAUACCUGGAUGUCUGGAGGGGACCGGUACUGGAGGGCAAUUCAAUUGUUUUUGGAUCAAUAUGCUCCGGAAGUUCAGAGUCAUGAUGCCAGCUUCAAAAGUGAAAUUGCUGAGGAUGUGGACUUUCCUGGAUGGAUUCAGUUUUGGUUGCUAAAUGCUAAUUGCUAUAAAUGCCAGAGUGAAGCUGCUGGUUGACCGGAACAUCUGGAUCAGACUUCUUUUUCCAAGAAAAUGUUUACUGUUGUUGCUGCAAUUUCUAUCACCAAUGAACUAGCUCACUGCAACAAUUAAUUCAGGCAAUUGUUCGGCUCCAUUCUACCCGAAGAAGCUCAAGUUGUGAAUAUUUUUCGAGGGUGUUCUCCAGCAUGCUCUGCUGCUACAUUUGUUAACUCAUUGCCCAUGAGCCAAACAUAUCCUCUUGAUUGAAUGUACGAAUUAUAUAGCAUUUCUUUACUAGAACAUUCCUGAAAAUGUGGCUCUGAUUACAUAGGUUGUAAGCCCGUUGGCUCAACCAUCUAGUUUUGUGAUUUUGAUUGUUUGUUACCAAUGUGGUUUCCUGUUUUUUUUUUCCCUUGCAUACUGAAAUGUUCUAGCAAGAAAGUGAGUUGUGAACCCCUUGUUUUAACGUGGAUUUGAUUUAUCAAACUGGUGUUGGCCCUUUUUCA